AUGCUUGGUCUUGUCUUUUUAAAUGGUUUUAAUAUAAGUUUACAGAAUUCUAAUGUUCUUCUAUGUAAAUUGUAUUUCUAUGCAUCAUUUCUAUUUGCUACACUUUCACCUACUGUUCUUAUUCUUGCUUCUAUUGAUCGUUUAUUAAUAUCUUCACAAAACGUUGAUACACGUUUGUACAGUUCAAAGCGUUUAGCUUAUUUUUCUAUUAGUAUAAGUACAGUUUUUUGGAUUGUUUUUAACUCUCAUGCACUUAUUAAAGUUAAUCUUCAAGAGUUUGCUCCUUUUUAUUUUGUAUGUUAUUAUGAUCUAUCAUCGACUUACCUUGAUUUUGUUUCAUAUUCUAUAGCAGUUAUUAAUGUCAUUUUGGAUAUUUUAAUGAUUGUUUUGUGUGUAUUUGCGUUUAAAAAUGUUCGUCGUAUUCGAUCGAUCCCACGUGAAAAACGAAAUCAAAUUCGUUCGAUGACAAAAAAAGAUUUUCAAUUACUUCGUUGUUUGUUUGUUCAAGAUAUUGUUUUCCUUAUUUUUGGUACAUUAAUCAGUACAUUUUAUGUCUUUGAUGCUAUAACAAAAUAUCAAAAUGGAACGAUAUUACAACAAGGCGUUCGAAAUUUUCUAUAUAAUUUUAUGACAUUUAUUUAUACUGCUUCUUAUUCGACGAAUUUCUUUGUAUUUAUCAUCGUAUCCAAAGCUUUUCGACAAGAAUUAAAACGUACAAUUUACAAGAUCAUUGGUAAAGAUCUUGUUCCAAUACGAGAAGAAGAAAAUAAACAAGAAAAUCAUGAAAGAGACAAUGUAGAAAUAAAUGUUGUCAGUACCAUUGAAUUACCUGCUUAA